ACUGCACUGAACAAGGUCGCGUCGAGGAUAAGCGCUAAGUGGCGAUUUGUUUGUUUUUAGGCGCUCAGAGGUAUUCCUUCAACAUUUGAAAGUGAUAGUUUGUUUUAACCUUCGAAAGAUACAUAGCAUACGCAGUAAUGUUUACACACUAGUCCGUCGUAUGUUUACCUUUUUGAGAUAACAAAUUGUUUGUUUUGUAGUCUCGGGAUUUCUUCCCGUCGUUUUUCGAUAAAAAAGCGUAGGUGGACUUAACAAAAUGGAUAAUGCAAACGAUGAAGUGAAUCAACAGGGCGACCCGAAUAAUAAAUUCUUAAGUGUUCAAAAUAAUUUGAAAGUGAAUAAAAGUAACAUUGUCACGAAAACCUACGGAUGGGGAAAGUUUCAACCGAAAUUCUUACAAGGAUUGCUGUCGGCAAAAUGGGCCCUGUUUUGGCUAUGUUGGGCAGGUGCAAUGCAAGGACUCAUCGUUAAUGGCUUCGUCAAUGGAGUUAUAACAACAAUCGAACGUCGUUUCGGCCUGCGUUCCAGUCAAACAGGAUUGGUGGCAAGUGGCUAUGAUAUCGCCUCGUUUGUAUGUCUCGCUCCUGUGUCCUAUUUUGGUGGACGUCUUGGAGCAUCUAAGCCCCGAUGGCUAGCAUGGGGUGUAAUCAUAAUGGGACUGGGUUCGCUAACAUUUGCAUUUCCUCACUUCCUUGUGGGACCGUAUCGGGCGUCCACUGCUGAAAUAGACUUGUGUACAACCGGCGAGGGAAAUGCUACUGUUCGACAGCAUUGCGAGGGUUCCACGGAAUCUGAAAAUGAGAAUCUCACAUGGACCGUUUGGCUUUUCUUCGCUUCCCAACUUCUACAUGGAAUUGGAGCUGCUCCACUAUACACACUUGGAGUUACCUAUAUUGAUGAAAAUGUCUCAAGGAAAAUGUCAUCGGUUUAUUUAGGAAUAUACUACACGAUGGCAAUUAUUGGACCAGCAGUUGGAUACGUUGUAGGUGGGCAGCUGCUACUUAUAUACACAGACUUUAUGACUGUGGAUUCAAAUACACUCGGUUUAACAUCACAAAGUAAAGUUUGGAUUGGAGCAUGGUGGAUCGGGUUUGUAUUUGCGGCUAUUGCCUGCAUAGUUCUCGCUAUUCCGAUGUUUGGGUAUCCUGAAUCGCUACCUGGGUCAGAGGAAAUUCAACAGGAACGAGUCUCUGAGGCGCACAAUGGCAACACAAGCGCCAAUAAAUCCUACACCAAACUCAAGGAUAUACCGAAGGCAUUUUGUGCACUUUUGAGGAAUCCGACGUUCUGCCUACUCAAUUUAGCUGGAGCAUCUGAAGGACUCAUAAUAGCUGGUUUCUCUGCAUUUUUACCGAAACAAAUCGAAAAUCAGUUCAGUAUCUCUCCGGUUUGGGCUGCAUUGCUAAUGGGUGUCGUUACAGUACCAGCUGGAGGAGGCGGAACAUUUCUCGGAGGAUAUCUUGUAAAAAGACUAAAGUUAACCUGUUCAGGGAUCAUUAAACUCUGUUUGAUCGUGAGCAUAACGGCUACCUUCUUCACUUUGUGUUUCCUACUGAGCUGUCCAAACUUGCCUUUUGCUGGAGUGACUUCGGCAUACUCUUCUCAAACGAAACUGCUUUCAGACGUAGACUUCAGAAGGGUUGACUACGAUUUAGAUUCAACAUGCAAUAUGAACUGUGGAUGCAAUAAAUUCGACUAUGACCCCGUUUGUGGAGCUGACGGCGUCAUGUACUUUUCUCCAUGUCAUGCUGGAUGCGAUAAGGAACUCAACAUGGAUGGAUCGAAAAUUUAUCUGAAUUGUGAAUGUAUACAUAGCUCUGCAAACAGUUCUUAUGAUGCUAUCAAUACGAUAUGUGAGACGACCUGCAAUAAUUUAGGAUAUUUCAUAGCGGUCUGCUUUAUGCUAAUGCUGUUCACGUUCUUGGCAACCAUGCCUGCAUUAUCGGCAACUUUAAGAUGCGUUCACGACGACCAGCGUUCCUUUGCCCUCGGCAUUCAGUGGAUCAAAGUACGUAUUUUCGGAACAAUACCAGCACCUCUACUAUUUGGCGCAAUAAUUGAUGAAACCUGCAUUUUAUGGGAAGAAUCCUGCGACGACAGUGGCGCUUGUCUUGUUUACGACAACAAAUACAUGAGCAAAUACAUGUGGAUCCUAGCGCUGAUUGGUAAAAUAUGUUCGGUGGUAUUCUUUUUCGGCGCAUGGUAUUUCUACAUCCCGCCCAAAGGACUCGAUGAUAAAGCAUCAGAGGAGGGAAGCGAUGCGGAAUCACAACAUCAACAACAGCCGAAUCAACAGGUGAUUAUCAACAAUACAAAGACUGAUACUGUGAAUGGGAGUGUGACAAACGAACACGAAGGGAAUCACACUGAAGAACGGUAUUGAUAAGACAGCUACGUAGAAUAGAAUUCCUUGGUUUUCUGAAUCGGAGAAAACUUGAAAGAAAUAGAUUCAGAUUUUCGCGAUGUAGAUGGCAAAUCUCAACAAACAACGAUAAAAAUUAUCUAUUGAAUAAGCGUAACUCGGCUAAGUGUUCACCGAUGUCUGGCUGUCUUGAAUCCUAAAGAUAAUAUCUGAAUUCGGAUUGACAAAAAAUAUCUUUAUGAGUUCUUUCACAUUCCAAUCUUGCAUAGAUGUUUUUGUACUUUUAUACGUAUAAAACAGCUCUAGACUGCCAAAUUUAUUCUAAUCUAUGAAAGCUCAUCGUUUCCACUUUUGUAACGAUUACUCAGUGUAAAUGUAGAUUUUAAGGGGACAUUCUUUUUAUACUGAAGAUCUAGGCAAACUUCAGUUAGUCGUUAUAGAUUUCAGGGAAUAUAACGAAAUUAUGACGACGGCGUUUUAUUAAAUGAGUUGUGGACGCCUGAGGUAGCUUAGAGGGCGUAUUUAUGUAGUCGAUUAUUAAGUAGUGAUUAAGUGGUCGUAUGUAGAUGUAAUUUAUCGAGUACAGAUUUGAAUAUGUAUGUAUCUGAACACUGCGUGAGAUUAACGUUAGGAAAUAAAACUUUUCAAUGAAAAAAUAUCAAA